AUGUGCCUUCAGAGGAACUUCAUUCGUCUCGUCCAGACUCACCACAGAUCCAUUAGGAUGCAGCACCAAGUGAGUCAACUAAGGACUCCGGUGUGCCCUGUCGGAGACGAGGCUGCUCUCCAGCUGGCCCGUCAGUGCCUGCUUAGUGGACAGGUGAUUGCCCUGCCCACCGAUACCGUCUAUGGCCUGGCAUGUGAUGCCAAUAACGAGACGGCCAUCCAACGGCUCUACGAGAUUAAGGGUCGGGAUGAACACAAGCCAGUGGCCAUCUGCGUUCACAACAUUGCUGCUCUGCGUCGCUUUGGUCAGGCUUCCCAUCUCAGCGACGAGCUGCUAACUCGUUUGCUCCCGGGUCCCCUGACCAUCGUGAUAGAGAGGACGCCCCAUCUGAGCAACCGGUUUCUUAAUCCCAGCACCUCCAAGAUCGGCAUUCGCAUUCCGGACUUUAGGUUCAUGCGAGACCUUUGCGCCGUCUGGCAAGAUCAGCCUUUGGCUUUGACCAGCGCUAAUCGCUCCAGUGCACCUAGCAGUCUGCAAGUGUCCGAGUUCCAAUCGCUUUGGCCCCAAUUGGGUGUCGUCUUUGAUGCCGGCCAAAUUGGGGUCACCGAGGAGCGAAGGUUAGCCUCCACUGUUAUUGACUUGGCUACUCCGGGCUACUUUGAAAUUGUGCGGGCAGGAGUCGCCUUAAAACAAACCCUCGGUCUGAUGGAGGAAUUUGGCAUCCAAGCGCGGAAAAUAGUGUAGUAUAAGAAUAGAUUUCCAAAUAAAUUAUGUUUAUCAUUAUUAA